AUGGAUCGCAGCUUGGACGAGAUCAUCGCUGAAGACACGCGGAACACUGGUCGCCCCUCAGGUGGUGGUGGUGGUCCUCGUCGUCAAAACAAUCCCGGCCGUCGCCACGAGCGCGAUGGCCCAUACACUUCAGACCGUGUCGAUCUCAACCUCGACUGGGUGCACGACAAAUAUGACGACGACCGAUCCCGCCCAUCCCGUGGAGGCCGCAGAGGCCGCGAUGGACCUGAUUCCGAUCGCUCUAGCACACUGACCAAGGUUCGCGUGGAUAACCUCCACUACGACAUCACCGAAACCGACCUCGAUGUAUGUUUCAAUUACCCCAUACUCAACACCCACACAAGAACACCCCUAACCAGCCUCUUCGCUGAGCAGGAUCUCUUCGGCCGAAUUGGACCUGUUUCUGAACUUACUGUCUCUUACGACCGCGCUGGACGCUCCGAGGGAGUUGCUUACAUCACAUACGCCCGCUUGAAGGAUGCGCACACCUCCAUUCAGGAGUAUGACGGAGCCAACGCCAAGGGCCAGCCCAUCCGUCUUUCUCUCGUCCCCGGCCGCCGUGAACGUAACCCUCUCGACUCCGCACAGCGACCUAGAUCCAGUCUUAUGGACCGCGUCGAGCGCCCCCGUGAUGACCGCAGCAUGAGCCCCGAGAACAACGCCGAUGGCCGACGCCGCCGUGGUGGUGGCGGCCGUGCUCAUCGCAGCGACGUCACCAAGCCCGCCCCAGACAACAUCGAUCGUUACGUCCCCGGACAACGCUCCCACCAGCGCUCACCUACCCGCCGCGGUGGAGGCAGACGGGGUGGUGGACGCGACAACCGCUCUCAACAGACUGAUGGAUCCAACCGCCGAUCCAAUGCCCGUCCGCGCAAGACUCAGGAGGAGUUGGACCAGGAGAUGGACGAUUACUGGGGUGGUGCGAACAACGGCGGCGGUGAAGCGGCUGCACCCGCUCAGGACGCCGCCCCUCAGCAGACUGCUCCGGCUCCCAGCGCACCCGCUGCCGACGAUGAUAUCGAUAUGAUUGAGUAG